AACAACCGAGGCUUCAAAUGUAAGAACAACAUUAGAGCCAUGGCAGCAGCAGCAGAAAAAAGAGGCAACCUCGACCACUUGCAAAGAGCUACUACCAGACCCGACAAGAAAAGAGCUGGCCCGGUUGCACCAACAGGGUCAUGGGACAGGUUCCCGACAGCGAGAACAGUGCAACAGAUGAUGGAAACAAUGGAGAGGGUAAUGGAUGACCCUUUUGCAUAUUCGAGUACUUGGCCAUCGCCGUUGCCAUCCUCCCCCGAGAACAGGAAAGGAAGGAGGACGCCAUGGGAGAUCAAGGAAAGAGAAGGGGAGUAAAAGGUUAGAUUCGAUAUGCUCGGGAUGAACAAAGAUGAUGUCAAGGUGUGGGUUGAAGAAAACACGUUGGUUUUAAAGGCAGAGAAACUUGGGAAAAAGGAAGAAGAAGAAUGGGAUGCUAAGAGCUUUGGGAGAUGUGGUAGUAGAAUUGUACUGCCUGAAAAUGUUGAGUUUGAGAAGAUUAAAGCCGAAGUGAAAGAUGGGGUUUUGUACGUAACCAUUCCUAAACCUAGUCGUGAUUCUAGGAUUUUGAACA